GGGCGACGAGGAGGCCGUGGCUCGGCUGCCGCUGCCGGUCGAAGUGGCGAGAAGGAAAAGAGACGGCUUGGCCGGGAAAGCGAGAAGAAGGGCCAAAGAAAACAGAGCCGCCCCUUUUCUCCGGUCCCGUGAGCAGAAGGCGGGUGGGGAGGAGCGGCCAGGCCUCGGCCGGUGACCGUGUGUGUGUGUUGGUGCGCGCGCACGGGCGCGCGCGUCCCCCCACCUUUCCUCACAGCGGCGGCGGCGGCCCUGGCUUGAGCGGCAGCCCCGGAGAUGAUGCCGAUGAUAUUAACUGUGUUCCUGAGCAACAAUGAACAGAUUUUGACUGAAGUGCCAAUUACACCUGAAACAACAUGUCGAGAUGUGGUGGAAUUCUGCAAAGAACCUGGUGAAGGCAGUUGCCAUCUUUCUGAAGUGUGGCGUGGGAAUGAACGGCCCAUUCCCUUUGAUCACAUGAUGUAUGACCAUCUACAAAAGUGGGGACCUCGCAGGGAGGAAGUGAAAUUUUUUCUUCGACAUGAAGAAUCGCCAACAGAAAGCAGUGAACAGGGUCGCCCGACUCAAAAUCAGAAGAACGGAGUUAAUAUGCCUGUGGAGAAACGUACUGAAAAUGGGGUUGGGAAUCCACGUGUUGAGCUCACACUUUCUGAACUUCAGGAAAUGGCUGCCAGGCAACAGCAGCAGAUUGAAAAUCAGCAGCAAAUGUUGGUUGCCAAGGAACAACGUUUACGUUAUCUCAAGCAGCAAGAACGGCGUCAGCAACAGUCUGUUUCCGAGACUGAAAAGCUUCAAAAACUGAAAGAGCGAGUGGAGACCCAGGAGACGAAGCUGAAAAAAAUCCGUGCCAUGAGAGGGCAGGUGGACUACAGCAAGAUCAUGAACGGCAAUUUGUCUACUGAGAUAGAGCAUAUCAGUGCCAUGUUCCAAGAAAAGCAACAGGAGUUACAAGCAGCAGUGUUAAAAGUAGACCAGCUUACUCAGCAGCUAGAAGACCUGAGAAAAGGGAAGUUGAAUGGAUUCCAGUCGUACAAUGGACAGAUGACGGGGCCUGCAGCCGUAGAAUUAAAGAAAUUGUACCAAGAGCUACAGAUUCGUAACAGGCUUAACCAGGAGCAGAACACCAAGCUUCAGCAGCAGAAGGAGCUUCUGAACAAACGCAACAUGGAGGUGGCCAUGAUGGACAAGCGCAUCAGUGAGCUACGCGAGCGCCUGUACAAGAAAAAAGUUGAGGCACGUCAAAAAGAAAACAUCCCUUUGAAUCGGAUAAACGGGACGUCGUCUCCUCAGUCUUCCUUGAGCACUUCAGGCAGAGUUGCGGCGGUGGGACCCUACAUCCAGGUUCCUAGUCCCAGCAGUUACACGGUGCCAGUGGACCCCGUGAAGCCGCAGUCUCUCACCAUCACUACCAGCGGGACUCACGGGAGAUCCAAAUCUGAUACAGACUUUGGGUGUGUGAAAAAAUCUCCAGCUCCCUGGAAGAUUUCUGAUUUAGACAUUAUAGUGGAUCCUAUUUUGUCACCUCCCUCUCUUCAGUCUGCUGCUCACAGUAUCAUCCAUUCAGCAUCUACUCUUUCUGAGAUUCUGCACUGUGAUGGUGUAAAAAAAGCUUGGACAGUGUCAGACCUUGAUAUUGGGCCUGAAGCCGGCUCUUCGUGGCACUCAGAAAGCACAAAACAGCAGUUUUUGAACUCAAAUGAUGGAAACUGGCCACCGCUUAAACAGAACUCGGCUCCUGUGGUAAAGCCCCCACAAAUCUCCAACGCAGACUGGAAGGAAUCAAACAUGGAUGCGGCUUUAAAACAAGGAACAAUUUCCAGUCAACCCGUGUCGUCUUCAGUAUUAGGGAGUACUGAUAAGCUGAGCCUCGAUAUGGGGAAGGUGCCGCCAACUGUCUCUGGUGUAAGCAAGCAGGUGCCUCAAAACUACGGGACCUAUCCAAGCACUGUUCCUUUAGGCACAGGUUCCACCAAUUCCUUAGAACGGCGCAAGGACGGCAGCCUACCGAGACCUGGUUCUACAGCAGCAGCAAACAGGCAAAGGCCUGUCCCGUUACCACCAGCAAGCGGCACUCAUCAACCGAGCUCUUCCCAGCAAAUACAGCAGAGGAUAUCCGUGCCUCCCAGCCCCACGUAUCAACCUUCCGGUGCCCCCUUGUUUCCAGGCGGAGAUGGAAGGCCUGACCUCCCCUUAACUGUGGCCAUCAGGCCUUUCUUGGCCGACAAAGGCUCGAGGCCCCAGUCUCCCAGGAAAGGGCCACAGACUGUGAACUCUAGCUCCAUCUACUCCAUGUACCUUCAGCAAGCCACGCCACCAAAGAACUACCAGCAGGCCGUAUACAGCACUCUCAACAAAUCCGUUAAAGCAGUUUACGGGAAGCCUGUUGUACAAUCUGGUUCGACUUCUCCUUCGCCGUUGCCAUUCCUUCAUGGAUUUUUACCAGCCAACGCAUCACAGCCUCAGCCCCCGAGCGACUGUAGUGAAAAGGAGCAGGAGGUGGAAAAUGCCCCGCCCUCUGGGGAUAACAGCAAUGUGGAAAACAUUCCCCGCCCCCUCAGCCCCACAAAACUGACACCCAUUGUCCAUUCCCCCCUGCGCUACCAAAGCGACGCUGACCUGGAGGCUCUGAGGAGGAAACUGGCCAAUGCCCCCAGGCCUCUGAAAAAGCGAAGCUCCAUCACUGAGCCAGAAGGCCCCAGCGGACCCAACAUACAGAAGCUCCUGUAUCAGCGUUUUAACACCCUGGCAGGGGGAAUCGAAGGGGCCCCUUUUUAUCAGCCGGGCAGCUCGCAGGACUUCAUAGGCACGCUGGCAGACGUCGACAACGGAAAUGCCAACACCAACGGCAACAUCGAGGAGCCCAUUCCUGCGCCACCCACGGCUCCCCUCCCUGACGAGCCUUCGUCCGAUGCCAAUGACAACGAGCUUCCUUGUCCUGCAACGGAGGAACUGAUCAGUGCAGAAACCACGACGCAGUCGCCCGAAACGACGGAAGAUGAUAACAACAACAAUCUUGCCGUGGUCCCCCCCGUGGAGCGCCCCCCAAGUCCCACCCCCGAAGGCAACACCCCAGUAGAAGAGGAAGUGCAGCUACCCCCUGCUCCUCCUCCUCCUCCUCCACUUCCUGUGGCCAAACGGACCAACCUGAAGAAACCCAACUCUGAGAGAACCGGUCACAGUUUGAGGGUCAAGUUCAACCCGCUGGCCCUCUUGCUGGAUGCCUCCCUGGAAGGAGAGUUUGACUUGGUGCAAAGGAUCAUCUACGAGGUGGACGACCCCAGCAAGCCCAAUGAUGAAGGAAUCACCCCACUGCACAAUGCGGUGUGUGCCGGCCAUCACCACAUAGUGAAGUUUCUGUUGGAUUUUGGGGUCAAUGUGAAUGCAGCUGACAGUGACGGAUGGACUCCAUUACACUGUGCAGCAUCUUGCAACAGCGUCCACCUCUGUAAGCUCCUUGUUGAGUCUGGAGCAGCCAUUUUUGCUUCCACUAUAAGCGACAUAGAAACGGCGGCAGACAAAUGCGAGGAGAUGGAAGAGGGUUACAUCCAGUGCUCCCAGUUUCUGUAUGGUGUACAAGAGAAGCUGGGAGUGAUGAACAAAGGGGUAGUGUACGCGUUGUGGGAUUACGACGCUCAGAACAACGACGAGCUGUCCUUCCACGAAGGAGAUGCCAUUACCAUUCUAAGACGCAAAGACGAUAACGAGACAGACUGGUGGUGGGCUCGGCUCAAUGACAAAGAAGGCUAUGUGCCUAAAAAUAUCUUGGGGUUAUAUCCAAGAAUAAAGCCUAGGCAACGAACCCUUGCCUGAAUUCUACCUUUGGCAGUGCAAUAUCUUGUUGGCAACUGGAAGACAGAAAGUAUACACUGGAGACCUUUUCAGUCACAUUUCACCAGGACAAAAUAAAGCUAUAGUUUUUAAAAUGGUGCUCUUGUUCAUAUACUGGACAGCAUUUGAGGUUUUCAAUCUGCCGUUUGUAAGUGAGGUGUCUGCUCUAUGUUAACUCACCCACUCCUUAGGGGAGGUACUCAGCACAGCCUGCAGCAUUUCUUUUUGCCAGUCAAAUUAAAGAGAACAAACUUACUUGUGCUAAAUGUUAGAAAGGGGGGGGGGAACCUUUUGCGAAAUGCAGAUAUGCUGUCUGAUCUGUUCUAGUCCACAGUAACUAUCCUGACAUGUCAAGACCUUUUGCUAUUAAAGUUGUCAGCUGAAUGUUGAGUUUACUGUGUUUAAAAUCCUUAAAAGAGCUUGGGGUGAGAGUUGACCACUGGGAGUCGCCCUCUAGUAUCAAGAACUUAUUGACAAAACAAAAGAAAGCAUCAAAGCUGAAUGGAUUUUUCGUACACUACUCAAAACGGCACUUCUUCCUUCACCUGGAUGGUUUUUUCCCCUUGAUACUCCUGCUUAUAAGCACCAAUUUAAAUUCCCCCGUAUCCUGUUUUAUACUUCUUUAACCCGCCACACCCUGAAUUGCGUCUUCUGAACAAACCCACAUUCAGAUUUGAGGGACUUGUAUGUUUAUAUGGAAGAAAAAGUGCAAUAGUUGAAAAGGGGGUCAAGAGUAAGGUUAUUUUUUAAAGAAAAAAAUGCUAAAAAGGUUCGAUUUAAGGACCUUUCGGUUUUAGGGAGGAGGUGAGCGAAGGGCAGGAUAAAGGCCAGGCUGGUUGCGCAGCAGGCAGGGAAGGAGGAGGAGGAGGAGAGACUUGCAAUGGUUAAAAGACAGCUUGCCGCUUGGGCUGGGACGGUGCCUGUGGUUCUUGGCAGCCCUGCAUCUUAGUGCUAGGGUGAGUUAUGCAAUAACUUAAAAAUCCACAAUGUAGUUUCAA